AUGAACAAAUGUAAGGACCACCAAGAAGAACUGAAAGGGUGCAGUGAUAGAAAAUACAGCGACAAAGGAGAUGGUAGAAACCAAGACGCCUCUAAAUUCUGCACCUGGGAUGAUCUUAAGAUUGACAGUGAUGUUCAAGAGCCAGCAGAACCAGAGGAUGACCUUGACAUUAUGCUUGGCAAUAAAAAGAAGAAAAAGAAGAAUGUUAAGUUCCCAGAUGAGGAUGAAAUACUAGAGAAAGAUGAAGCUUUAGAAGAUGAAGACAGCAAAAAAGAUGAUGGUAUCUCAUUCAGUAACCAGACAGGUCCUGCUUGGGCCGGCUCAGAAAGAGACCACACUUACGAAGAGCUACUACUGAAUCGAGUGUUUAACAUCAUGAGGGAAAAGAAUUUGGAUAUGGUUGCUGGAGAGAAAAGGAAAUCUGUCAUGAAACCUCCACAAGUUGUCCGAGUAGGAACUAAGAAAACUUCUUUUGUCAACUUUACAGAUAUCUAUAAACUAUUACAUCAUCAACCCAAACAUCUUCUUGUGUUUUUAUUGGCUGAAUUGGGUACAAGUGAUUCUAUAGAUGGUAAUAACCAACUAGUAAUCAAAGGAAGAUUCCAACAGAAACAGAUAGAAAAUGUCUUGAGAAGAUAUAUCAAGGAAUAUGUCACUUGUCACACAUGCCGAUCACCGGACACGAUCCUGCAGAAGGAUACUCGACUCUACUUCUUACAGUGCGAAACUUGUCAUUCUCGAUGCUCUGUUGCCAGUAUCAAAACUGGCUUCCAGGCUGUCACAGGCAAGCAAGCACAGCUCCGUGCCAAAGCUAACUAAUUUGCUAAUCACCACUGAUUUUGCAGUGUCUUGUGGAGAUUUGGCUGGACAAGUUUACCAUCAGAAUGGAUAUA